AUGUCAAUUUCUUCACAAACCGCAGCUCGCUGCUGCAGACAAGUCGUCCGCUCCUCAACUUCUUCAUCGGCUCCCUUCUUACGCAUUUCGACAUCUUCUUGUUCUACAUAUCAGCAACGACGACGGACGACGGUGCCGGGCGCUCAUAGAUGGCAAUCUACCGAUGCUGUUGCUGCUGCGCCUGCCAAUCCGAAGAUUGUACAGAUUGUCGAUCAGAUUAGUCAAUUGACUUUGUUGGAGACUGCGGAUCUUGUUGCUAGCUUGAAGUCUCGCUUAAACAUCCCCGAUCUCCCCGUUGGCGGCUUCGCCGUCGCCGCUGGUCCAGGUGGUGCAGCAGGUGGUGCCGCCGCCGCUGAAGAGGAAGAAGCUGCUCCUGCGGCCGCAGAAAAGACUCUCUUCAACUUGAAGCUUGAAUCGUUUGAUGCCGCCUCGAAACCUAAGGUGAUCAAGGAGAUCAAGUCCAUGCUUGGUCUUUCGUUAGUCGACAGCAAGAAAUUCGUUGAGAGUGUCCCCAAGGUCUUGAAGGAGAAUGUGGCCAAGGAUGAGUGUGAAAAAAUCAUUGAGACGCUCAAGGGUCUUGGUGCGAAGGUUGUGAUGGAGUAA